UGUCGGUAAUUGGUGGACCGUGGCGACCUGCUGAACCCCAGUAACGGAGCUUAGAGCGCGGCUGUAAAACCUCCCCAAAGACGCGCGCACACACACACACACACACACACACACACACACACUAAACAACACCGCGCGCGUCCUCAGCGUGAGAAGAGGAAGAGGAGGAGGAGGAUGGAGCUGGAGGCGACACCUGUCAAGCCGCCACUAAACACAGUAGGUUUAUUUAAAAAGGCUGCGGCGCCCUGAAGACUUGGGGGGAUAAAGCCGAGGUGAAAAUAGAGAUUAGUCGCACCUACUGGCGCUGUUUUUGCGCUCGGAGAGAGACACGGAGCCCCUUUGAGGAGAGAGAGGAGGGGAGAGAAGGCGGCAGUGUGCAGCAUUAACGUGAUGACAAGACGUUUCGGAGUUGAAGAGGCGAAGUUGACGUAGGUUAGAUGUCGACUGAGGGGAGCGCAGUGACAGCGAGCACCGGGAGCCAGGAGACACCGGAGAGGGAAAAACGGGACUUUAUCCGAGGUUAGCCUCUCCCUCUCUCUCUCCCUCUCUCUAAUUCACACACACACACAGUCUCCAAACACAUUAACCCACAGCAGAGUGAAACAACAGGGUGGGAGAUAACUAGCGCACAUCGCGGAGCUCCGGUGCGGACACGCCGAGCAUCCUCCACCGGCUGCAGGACGCUGCUGACCGGGACUUAACGGAGCCGCAGAAAUAUCUAUUAACUUGACAGGAUGAUAUGACAAGGAUGCCCUGAGGGGAGCGAGCAGGAGAGAGGCGGGAAAAAAAGGGGAUAACAAAGGUUGGUGUUCAUUAACACUCAGCCAACCGUCCUGCUGAAGUCUUCACCUCUACAGUACGAGAGGACUGUCCAUUUCUGCCAACCUGUGGGAGAACUUUUCACACCGAGCCACGUGACCGGCCGUCACAGAGCUCAGAGCGGACUACAUAUAGCACGCACUGUCAUCUGGCUUUGCUGCCUCUGAGGAUGAUCUGUGUGAACUGAAAAGGAAGUGAUCAAACAUUUAACAGAGGAGAGUGAGGCUGAAACUGAGAUAGAGGCUCCUUUCUCGAAUCCUGCUCAUAGUCUGUACUGUUGCCAAGCCCAAGCUGUCCAUCACAGGAUCCAAACGUGCUCGAUAUCACCAUCACUGAACUGUGACGUUUAUGAUAAUUGGUAUAAUUCACCCGUAAUAACCGAUCAGAUUUUCCACAAGGACGCUGAGCUGUGGAGAUCUCACUUCAUCCCAUCAAUUAAAACCACUACCUGCCUGUUCAAAGCAGGUGAAGCACGGCUCAGUACUAUUUUUGCAUGACCCACUGCUUGCAUGGUUAUCCAGGAUUGCUUUUGACUUCGAAGAAGGACCCUUGAGCCCUCGACCAUCUUCUGACUGUCUGCCCAACUGUAGCAUUUGGGUGUGGAGGGGUGGUUUCAGAAUCGGGCCCCUGGACACUCGCUGAAGAUGACUUGAGUUGGCAGGCCUAAAAGCCCCUUACCCAGAGAGAGAGAGCGAGCUUGGCAGCAGGACACACACACACAACACACAAAUGUGGGUGCCGAGGCGGCUUUGAGCCAUGCUGGUGUUGCUACUCGUGGAGCCCUGGAGUACAGGCUAUCAUCAUCCCUAUCAUCAUUCACCCAAGCUGAGGAAGAUUCAACGGCCUGGAGGAAAGCGGCUACACUUCUGAACGAUUCAAAGACGACUGUGAAACUGCGCUAACACACAGAUCCGCAGCAACAUCCUCAAUCGCACACACAGAGACACUAAUACUCCGCUCUACAAAUCCUUGAUACGGGGAAAAACAAAGCUGAGGCGCACGAGAAAGGCACAGAGACUGAACAGGAGCUGUGCACCAACAUGGCAGCCGAGAGUCUUGCUGAGCUCCGCGAUUGGCUCUUUCUGCUCCUCCUGUGCCUCACCUUAUUGGCUGAGGUGCUGGAACUGGCGGCAGCGGCAAUUGCCAUGGAGACGGGCGAAGGAGAUGAGGGCAUUGUUUGUCCCUCAGUGUGCCGCUGUGAUGAGGGUUUUGUCUACUGCAACGACCGUGGCCUCAGCAUAAUUCCUCCACUACCAUUGACGGCUGCCAUCCUCUACUUGCAGAGCAACCGGCUGAGUAACGCCGGGCUUCCUCCGUCACUGGAACGCAGUACUUCCAUACGAGUGAUUUACCUGUAUGCCAACCAGCUGGAUGAAUUCCCCAUACACCUCCCACCUUCGUUACGGGAGCUCCAUUUGCAGGAUAAUAAUAUACGAACGUUACCGCGAUCCGCUCUGGCCAAGUUACCAUUACUAGAACGUUUGCACUUGGAUGAUAACUCUAUAUCGACAGUUAGCAUCCAGGAGCGAGCUUUUUCUGGGACUCCACGGCUUCGACUGCUGUUUCUCUCUCGGAACCACUUGUCAAGCAUCCCUGCGGGCUUGCCAGCUUCCUUGGAAGAACUGCGACUGGACGACAACAGAAUCAGCACCAUCCCCACACAUGCCUUCCGUGGGCUGUCCUCCCUGCGACGCUUGGUUCUGGAUGGGAACCUGUUGGCCAACACGCGCAUUGCUGAUGACACGUUUUCACGUCUUUCCAACCUGACUGAGCUGUCGCUGGUCAGGAAUGCUCUGCAGUCUCCACCAGUCAACCUGCCUUCAUCUCACCUUGUGCGACUCCAUUUGCAAGACAACGGAAUGACCCACAUACCCAGGGGGGCGCUGGAUGGGAUGCGGCGGCUGCAGAGGCUGGACCUGUCAGGAAACAAUCUGACCAGUCUCCCUCGAGGACUCCUGAAGGACACAGAAGGCCUGGAGCUGCUACUGCUGCGAGGAAACCCCUGGUACUGCGGUUGCAACCUUCGCUGGCUCCAUGCCUGGUUGCAUGGACGAGGGGCAGCGGUGACAGUCAGGGGUCUGACCUGUCAGGGACCUGAACCUGUGAGGGGUCAGACCCUCAGGGAAGUAACCUCUCUGAUGGAGCAGUGUGAAGGCCCCCCUGCUGGUCCCAGUACUGGAGGGGUGAACCCAGCAGAGAAAGAUGGAGGAGGUGAAGAUGGUGUUAGAGGGGGCCAAGCAGUGGCUUCAGUCCCCCAUGGCAGCACCACCACUACCUCUCUGCUGGUUCCCACACAAGGUUCCCUCUUCACUCUGCGAGCCAAGCGACCGGGCCUCGUUAUGCCUCUGCCUCCGGGUGAAGGGGGCCAUGUAUCUGGAGAGGCCCUAGAGCUGACUGUUAAACCGCUGUCUUCAGACAGUGUACUGGUAAGUUGGCUGUGCCCAGAGCCGGCACCCUCCUUCCGCCUGUCGUGGCUAAGGCUGGGCAGCAGUGCAGCUCUGGGUUCAAUAACAGAGACUUUGGUUCCUGGAGAGAGGAGGCAGUAUCUCCUAACCCAGCUCACCCCACGCUCCCAUUACCUCAUCUGCCUGCUGCCACUACGACAGGAGUCGACCUAUGGGGGUUCCAGCAUGGGUUCAUCUCGAGCUAGCAGCAUGGACACGGACAGUAAAGACUCGGCCCCGGCCUGCGCUCAGAUAGAGACUGGAGAGGCUCUGGUCAGCUCAGGAGGGGAGGGCUCAGAUAAGGACGGACAGGACUCAGAGCUGACAGCCCUGCCGUUGGCUGGGAUUAUAGGGGGUGCUACAGCACUGGUAAGCCUUCUGUUAAUCUUUGGCAUCUUCUGCUGGUAUGGACAAAGAACAGGCUACAUGUCUGGAGACUCGAGCUCAUACAGCAGGGGCCGAGGUGGAAAACAUUAUGAUGACUAUGUAGAGUCAGGCACCAAGAAAGACACUUCCAUCUUAGAGAUCAGGGCCCCUCCCACAGGGUUUCAGAUGACAGCUAUGGCCCAUCAGCCCCUACAGCCGAAGCUGGAGGAUGUCACCUACAUCCACACUAUUUUCCCCUCAUCCUCCUCUUCCUCCCAAGCUAACGGGACCUACCGGAGCAACCACGGAGCUGGCAGCCUCAAUGGCACCAUCCUCAGCCAAACCAGCCACCACCACGUCACUUAUGGUACCAACCGUGGCUACAGAGAGGGUGGCAUCCCUGACAUAGAUUAUGCCUACACGUGAUGAUACAGGGACACGCUCACUGAGCCACGAAGGCCUCCUUGGCUAGUGGCCAUUUUGUCCUUGGUUUCCAAAGUACCCUCUGUGCCUCUGCUGGUUCAAUUCUGAUUGGUUUGCUAAGUAGAGAAGACGGAUUUCAGCUAUGGUGAUAGGACAUUGCUAUUGAGUGACAGAAGUAACAGUCCUACUAUACUCUACUACUGUAUACUACACUAUACAGUAGACCCUUCUUUCAGCGCUACUUAUAGUUAUAAAUGGUUACAUUUUCUCUUUUUGAUAUCUCAGUGUCUUUUAAACCUACUGUUCUUCUCAGCUCAUAAUAAUGCACAGUAACUUAUUUGAGGUUGAUAUACUAGGCUUAGCUGAUUUAGCAGGAGAUAUAUUUAUAUGAGGAAAAGGCACUUGAUGUGUAUAGAGAUAGCUCUCAUAUCUUCCUACCAACUGUAAGCUCUGUGCUGUAUAGAUAAAAGGGAUGACAGAAGGAGAAAUCAAUGGUUGUUAUAACCCACAGAUGAGAAUGCAUCAUGGUUGACAUGAAAAGAUGUGUUCCUAGCCCCCUCCUUUCCUCUGGUUUACUCCCUCCUUUUUAAUUUUUCCUCCUUUACGCCUCUUUUUUUUGGGCUGAGGCUUUUUCCUUUAUUUCUCUCGUGUCUUUUGUGGUGCUGUGAGCAGAGGACGACUUUGUUCUCGCCAAGGGAGCUGACAGCAGUGAUAACAGUUCUGACAGAGACGGGAGACACAAACCACAGCAUGGGGAGACUAAUGAGAGGGAGAGAGAGAGAGAAGGAGUGGGGGGCGAUGGAUAGAUGGAUGGAGGGAGAGAGCAGAAAAGAAGAAAGAGAGAGGGGUGCUGUUUUGGAGAUGCAGAUGCUGAGAGAGGUGUGUUGGCUUAAGGCAGAGAGAGAGGACAGAAAAGGAGAGUUAAAACGAGAGCUAAGUGAAAAAAGGGCGUGUGACAAAUGCAGUGGCAGGAGGUAAAAAACCAGACAAAAGGAAAAGAAGCUGAGGGAUCGUGAAGGGUGUGGGUGGGGUAAAGAAGUGGGUUGACAACUGGAAUAAUGUCAUCAUCAUCCAAAAAAACGGAUCAAGUUUUGCCCACAGUGUAUCCGCAGCACUCAACAAAUACCUGGUGAUAACAGACUGCAUGCUUCCCUCAAACACUGAUGUUUUGCCUGUGAUCAUUACAAGUCAAAGAUUCAUUAAACAACACAAUUUUGCCGUUACACCUCAUGUAUCUUCACUAAAACAAUGGACAUCAGCAUUGGGAGCAAGAGAGGCAAGACAAUCAAGAGCAAACGUAAAAAUAAAUGCCAAGACCACAAGACAAACGACAAGACUGAGAGAACCGCUAUUAAAAAACUUCUACUCAGAAUUUAGAAAAAGCGCUGCAUGUACCCAGUUUUUAUGGUGGUCUGGUGUCAUUAUUAAAUUAUCUUUGCAAAUGAAGUGAAAGAAACCUAAUCAUACAUCUCAUAAUAGUAACCCAUUAUCUUCUAGAGGCUGGCUAAACCUUAUUAACUGAAAUUAAGUUUUAGCAGCUGAUCAUUUUUUGGUGGAGGGUGGAACGACCCCGGUCUGAUAAAACUUUGCUAAAAUUCACUCAUAAAAAUGUAUAAGUUCAACUUUAUUAAAAAAUGUUGGAUGUAACUUUUAAACUGUAACUGUUUGUUGCUAUUGAAGGGAAAGGAAGAGGAGAAAGACAUGAAUAUAAAAUGAUCGAUUAUACUAAAUAUGAUUUUAUAUUGUGAUAUUUAUACGUAUUGCAAUAUACUGAUUGGAAAACCGAUAAUAGGGCAAAAUAAACACCUGGCAAUUUGUAAUUCUUUAUCUGACGCAGAAAUCAUGACAUCCCAUCAUUUCAUAUGAUUUUAGAGGCUAUUUUGGUGUAAAUGGUGUUCCAUCACUGAAUUAAUUUUUUAAGCAAAAUGCCAAAUAUUCUCUUGUUUCCGCUUCCCAGUUGUGAGUAUUUGCUGCUUUCUUCUUGUGUGUGAUCUUUUUUUUAAAAUGUUAGUCAAAUGAAACCGACAAUGAAGCUGCAGCCUCACAAAUCUGUAUCAUCUCACACCAUCUUUCGUCAUAAUAUCUCACUCUGAAAGAUUUUGUAACUUUUAUCAAAUUGAAGUAAAUUGUAAAACUUAUUCAAACCAGUGAAAUGAUGAUCUGAGGCAUUCUGGAAGAGACGUGCUUCAGUUGACUCAGGUCGCCCGCCAGAUGUACAGGCCUCAGCGCAGCAUAGUCACAGUUGUGUUGACAGGGAUCGCAGCCUGACCGCUACACUGUGCAUCUCAACACAAACACGGCCACAGGGAAGCGGCACCUGCUUUCCGACUGCCUCUCACUGACCCUGCCAGUGUACUUUAAGGGAAAAGGAACGUCAAAGGAAAAUGCUUACAAACAGCCAGAGAUUAAAAGGGGAAGAGGGAAGGUAGAGAGAGAGAAAAAAUAAAGAGUAAGGAUGAAGAGUGGAGGACGGGAGCGCUGGUUUAGAUAGAGCCUGUAAGUGCUGAAACCCACUCUUACUUUCAGUAGCUCUCUUUCUCUUUUCCAACCUGAGUUACUGUGUACCAGGAAUAUUGGAAGAGCUCCGGUGUGGGUUUUUAGUUGGGUUUUUUUAUGUCUGCAUUUGUUUUUUCUUCUUUUUUUUAAGAGCACUGAAGCUUCCUUUCAUUCUGUGUAGAAAUCCUUUUCCUUUAAAAAUGUCACCCUCAGAUGUGAUAAUGAAAACAUUUUCAUGUAUAAACAUAAAAAUGGGUGCAAAAUGCUAUUCCAUUUAUGGUCUGUCGUCUUUUUUUCUACGCAGAUGAAUAAAGACUUCCGAAAGGAAAAUCA